CGCGGAUUGUACAGGAUUACGCGGGGUUCAUGGUUUGCAUUGACAUGAAUAUAAGAUUGAUCACCAAGGAAAACAUUUCAUGUGUUUCUGCAUGAAUUAGUCGUUGUUAUGUAUAUAAUACAUAUAACCUAGUCACAAAUCCUCUAAAAGUCAUGCGUAAACCUAAAAAAUCUAUGUAAAAAGAAAAAAUAUCUACGAGUAUAUGAUUUUUCUUAUAAAUUUAAUAAUCUCUUCCCGUUUCUCUCUCUCCUUGUGCCCUUAUAUACCCCUCCAUACCCACCCACCACCUUCACAUCCACACCUUUCUUAAAACAGACCAAACUCUCUCUUCUCUCUCUAGACAAGUUAGGUUUCAAUAAGCUCAAAUCAUGGCGUUAAAGAAGUCUAACAAAGUGGCAGCGUCUCAAGCAGCAUCUCUAAAGAAAAUCUUGAAGAGAUGCUCAAGUCUUGGAAAGAAGAAUCAAAGUAACUGCUACUUCAACGACGUGCCAAAGGGUCACUUCCCGGUCUACGUUGGUCAGCAACGUAGUCGCUACGUGGUCCCAAUCUCAUGGCUAGAUCAUCCUGAGUUUCAGACACUCCUCCAACUGGCUGAGGAAGAGUUUGGAUUCGAGCACGACAUGGGUCUCACUAUCCCUUGUGACGAAGUUGUCUUUCAAUCACUCAUCUCCAUGUUCAGAUAGAACUCGAGAUUAUGAUCCUUAUUAAGAUUCUUAAGGGUUUGAUCACAUUGCCACACUCAAGACUCGAAGAUAAAAACAUUAAACUUAUUACUAAGAAACUAUAGAAACAAGAAGCAAGAAAUAAGGAAUAUAUAACUAUAUCUUUAGUUUUUCUUCUUUGCUAAGAAGACAGAAUCAAAUGGCGGGCAUUGCGUCAAGCAUCGACUCAAGAUUUGUGGCUAUAUUAAUACAUCUAACAGUUUUUAUAUAACCACUCUCUUGGGAUUUAUUUUUUCUUAUGAAUGUUUUUUGGGGUCAUGUCUAUUUAUUUUGAAUUUUGUAUAUUAGUUUUCGUGGGCGACUUUUCCCUUAAGUCAACGUGUAAUGUUGACCGUUGGUUCUUGAGAGGAAUAGCUAGUUUAUUUGUAUUAAUUCUGAAUCAAUAAUUUUUAUUUUUUGUUUAUCAUA